AUAAGGAGAGAUAAUCUCUAAGCAGGUCUUGCACAAAGUAGGAGUUGUGUUGUCUUCUUCAUGGUGACUAGCGAUCAAACCGAUUACCAAACUCCUUAUAAACAUCCCCAAAUGCAUUGAAACCCACAAACCAAAUCAUCAAUGGAGUUCUCUUGCGAGGAAUUCAAGGUAGGAAAAUGUGAGGGCCAGAAACUAGUGGAUGGUGAAACCAUGCCAUUGGUGCUACACUCUCCGGACCCCAACAAUAGCAGUGACUUAGACUCCCUUGUGUCGAGUCUGAAGAAGAACAAGGACUGGUUUGAGCAGAUGAUCAUCAAGAACAGUGCUGUCCUUCUUCGAGGCUACGACGUGAAGAACGCGGAGGACUUCAACCAGAUUGUUGAAGCCUUUGGCUGGGAUGACAUCCGGUAUGUUGGCCCGGCACCUAGGACUCAUGUGUAUAAACGCAUUUGGACUGCCAACGAGGGACCUCUCGAGGAAUUCAUAUACUACCAUCAUGAGAUGGUUUUGAUAAAAGAGUACCCAAAAAAAGUAAUACUUUUCUGUGAGGUUCCGCCACCAAAAGGUGGUGAAACACCCUUUGUGCCAAGCUUCCGAGUAACAGAGCGGAUGCUGGAGGAGUUUCCGGGGGCUGUGGAGGAUAUCGACGGCAAGGGGUUAAAGUAUACGUUCACUGCUCUCAGCAAGAAUGAUGUAUCUUCCAUGAGAGGUAGAGGCUGGGAGGAUACAUUUGGAACAUCGGACCGGGCAGAAGCUGAGAAAAGGGCCAAGGCUCUGGGGAUGGACAUGGAAUGGCUACCGAAUGGUGGGGUGAAGACGGUCUUAGGUCCUCGAGCCCUAACCAAGGUGUUUGAUGGAAGAAAGGGGAGGAGGAUGUGGUUCAACACCAUGGUAGGGAUGCAUGGGAAGGAGCACAGUUCUGCCAUGAUGGCAGACGGGACAGAAAUACCGGCAAAUGUAGUGAAGAGAUGUGAAGAGAUAAUUGAAGAAGAGAGCAUACAAUUCAAGUGGGAGAAGGGUGAUGUUCUCGUCCUAGAUAAUUUGGCUUUGCUUCAUGGAAGAAGGCCUUCCCUUCCUCCAAGGAGGGUCCUGGUAACAACAUGCAAGUAGCUUGAAUUAGGGCUGCAUCGGUAUCUGGGUUUCGGGUUUGUGGUGUUGGUGUGGAAACUGAAGUCUCAUAAGUUCACUCUUGGUGCCUUUGUCAGAGUUUGAGCGUUAUAAAAUAAAACGAUGAACCAUUAUGGUUCACUUUGUACUCC